AUGGCUGGAGGAGAUGAGCUGAAGCUGCUGGGCUUUUGGGGGAGCCCGUUCGUUCUGCGAGCGAGGCUUGCGCUGAGCUUCAAGGGUCUGAGCUACGAGUACGUCGAGGAGGAUCUCAAGAACAAGAGCGAGCUCCUUCUCCAGUCCAACCCGGUGCACAAGAAGGUUCCCGUGCUCAUCCACAACGGCAAGCCCGUCUGCGAGACCCAGGUCAUCGUGCAGUACCUCGACGAGGUUUAUGGUGCCAACGGUCGUCCUUCUCUCCUCCCUGUUGACCCAUACGACCGGGCCAUGGCUCGUUUCUGGGCUGCUUACAUUGAUGACAAGCUGUUGAGCUCGUUGAUGAUGAUGAGCAUGGGCAAGACAGAGGAGGAGAAGGCGGAGGGCAGAAAGCAAUCGUCUGGCGCUGUGGAGACCCUCGAGGGGGCACUGAAGGAGUGCUCAAAGGGGAAACCUUUCUUCGGAGGUGACAGCGUCGGAUACGUUGACGUUGUGCUUGGAGGCUUCGUCGCAUGGGUGCGUAUCAUCGAUCGCAUGACUGGCUUGAAAAUCUUCGAUUCCAGCAAGACCCCGAUCCUUGCGGCAUGGCUGGAGCGUUUCGGCUCUCUCGACGCGGCCAAGGCGGUCAUGCCGGACGUGCAGAGGCUGGUGGAGCUCAGCAAGAUGAGGCAGGUCUAA